UUGGUAGAAGUUAUAAAAGACCAGUUCCUCCAAGCAGAACAACUCCCCUGGCUGCCCCAGGAGACCAAAGCAUUUGGCAGCCAUGCGGGUCCUUCUCUGUGUCCCAGGCCUCCUCGCUUCCCUGACCUUGCUCCAUGCUGCAUCAUCUGCCACAGGUGCGAAGAUCAGCAGGGUUGCUGCCAUCUCUGAUGUUGUGAGUCAGGUCAAGAUCCAAGUCGACAAGGCCUUCCUGGAUUCCAGGACCAGGCUGAAGACUGCCAUGAGCUCUAAGGCACCCAGCACCCAACAGCUCUCAGAGUACCUCAAGCACGCCAAGGGCCGGACACGCACGGCCAUCCGCAUCGGGCAGGUGUGGGAGGAGUGCCUAAAGAGACUGAGGCAGAAAGCGAUCUCGACCAAUGUCACAGGCCCCAGCCUGGACUUGACUACACUCUCUUCGGAGGUAGGCUGUGAUGUCCCUGCUCCAGUGGUGACAUGCGACAACAGCCCUUACCGCACCAUCACGGGAGACUGUAAUAACAGGAGGAGCCCCGCGCUGGGCGCCGCCAACAGGGCGCUGGCGCGCUGGCUGCCCGCGGAGUACGAGGACGGGCUCGCCCUGCCCUUCGGGUGGACGCCGGGGAAGACCCGGAACGGCUUCCGGAUCCCGCUGGCCCGUGAGGUCUCCAACCAGAUUGCAAGCUACCUGAGUGAGGAUGUUCUGGACCAAAACAGGUCCCUGCUGUUCAUGCUGUGGGGCCAAAUCGUGGACCACGACCUGGAUUUUUCCCCCGACACUGAGAUGGGGAGCAGCGAGUACUCCAAAGAGCAAUGUGACAAGUACUGUAUCCAGGGAGACAACUGCUUCCCGAUCAUGUUCCCAGAAGAUGACCCCAAGGUGAAGACUCAAGGGAAAUGCAUGCCUUUCUUCCGAGCCGGGUUCGUCUGCCCCGCUCCGCCAUACCAGACCCUGGCCCGAGAGCAAAUCAACGCUCUGACCUCCUUCCUGGAUGCCAGCUUAGUAUAUGGCCCUGAGCCCAGCCUGGCCCGCAGCCUCCGCAACCUCAGCAGCCCCCUGGGCCUCAUGGCUGUCAACCAGGAGGUCUGGGACCACGGGCUGGCUUUCUUGCCCUUUGACAACAAGAAGCCAAGCCCCUGUAAGUUCAUCAACACCACUGCCAACGUGCCCUGCUUCCAGGGAGGAGAUUCCCGAACCUCAGAGCAUACCCUGCUGUCCUCUUCCCACACCCUCUUUGUCCGAGAGCACAACCGGCUGGCCGGGGAGCUGAAGAGGCUCAAUCCUCAGUGGGAUGGAGAGAAGCUCUACCAGGAAGCCCGGAAAAUCCUGGGAGCCUUCAUGCAGAUUAUCACCUUUAGGGACUACCUACCCAUUUUGCUAGGUGUGGAGAUGCAGAAGUGGAUCCCUCCAUACCGAGGCUACAACGAAUCUGUGGAUCCCCGAAUUUCUAAUGUCUUCACCUUCGCCUUCCGCUUCGGCCACAUGGAGGUUCCCUCCAGCAUAUUCCGCCUAGAUGAGAACUACCAGCCGUGGGGGCCAGAGGCUGAGCUCCCCAUGCACACCCUCUUCUUCAACACCUGGAGGAUGGUUCAAGAUGGUGGAAAUGACCCCCUGGUGCGCGGUCUGCUGGCCAGAAAGUCCAAGUUGGUGAAGCAGAAUAAGAUGAUGACGGGAGAGCUGCGCAACAAGCUCUUCCAGCCCACUCAGAAGAUCCACGGCUUUGACCUGGCUGCCAUCAACAUACAGCGCGGCCGGGACCACGGGAUGCCUGGGUAUAACUCCUGGAGAGGCUUCUGCGACCUCUUGCAGCCCCGGACACUGGAAGAGCUGGGCGCUGUGCUAAAAAACAAGAUGCUGGCUAAGAAGUUUCUGGAUCUUUACGGGACCCCUGACAACAUUGACAUCUGGAUUGGGGCCACUGCUGAGCCACUGAUAGAAAGGGGCCGGGUGGGGCCUCUCCUGGCCUGUCUCCUGGGGAAGCAGUUCCAGAAGAUUCGAGAUGGAGACAGGUUCUGGUGGGAGAACCCUGGGGUCUUCACUGAGAAGCAGCGGGACUCUCUAAAGAAAGUAUCCUUCUCACGCCUUGUCUGUGACAACACCCACAUCACCAAGGUCCCACUGAACCCAUUCCAGGCCAACAGCUACCCCCAAGACUUUGUGGAUUGCUCAAGCAUUGAGAAGCUGGACCUCUCGCCCUGGGCCUCAGUGGGGAAUUAGGGGCCUCCCACACUGUGCAGGAAAGCGCCCAUUGGUCCAUGAUGCCAUUUCAAGCAAGCUCAAUGACCAGUCCCUGAGUCCUCCACAUCCUGUCCCAGCCCUU